AUGGAGUUCUUCUUCUUCUUCGAGGUCUUCUACUGUGCAGCGAUCAUCCCUAUCAAGAUGAGCAUCUCGUUCAUGCUCAUCCGCAUCGCAUCCCGGAGAAAGGCCUACAUCUACAGCUUGUACACUGUCUCAGCCAUGUUCAUCGUCAUGAACUUGAUUGCGAUGCUGUAUAUCAUCUUCCAGUGCGCACCAGUGUCGUACGCUUGGGAUACCUCGACCCCUGGGGGAAAGUGCAACCCAGCGCAAACACUGGCCGACAUAUACUACGCGACGACUGCAGUCAACAUUGCGACGGAUUGGUUUUGCGCACUCCUACCCAUACCGCUGCUCUGGAACGUACAGUUGAACCGUAAUGCUAAGCUUUCGGUCGGCGUGAUUCUCGGUCUCGGUGCAUUAGCAAGUCUUUCAGCAUGCAUUCGUCUUGUCUACACUGUUAAUCUGACCAAUGCGACCGACUACCUUCAUGGUGUAUCUAAGGUGAUCCUCUGGGGUUACGCCGAGAAUGGCGUCGGCAUGAUCGUAGGAUGCGUCGCCACACUUCGUCCCCUCCUCCAGCGCGUACUCAAACUCGGAAGCAGCGGUAGCUCACAUCCCCACACGCCUGCAGCAGGCUAUGCGAAACGACCGGUCAUAAAGAGUCGUCUGAGUGGAAGAGACGAAGAGUGGGUUGCCCUGGAAGAUGGCCAGAUGGUCAAUAUGGUCCAUGGGCAAGGGAGUACCGGGAGUGAGGAAUACAUCCUGCCUGUGAAAGGCGGAGGCAUACAGGUUACCAGAAGCGUCGAGCAACGAUCAAGCGCCUUGAAAGACUAG